UUUGAAUAAGAGUUCACUUUCGGUCAUUGCCCCACUGUCGAGUACCACUCCCACUUUGAGAGGUUUGUUGCCACAAGCUCCCCUCCAUUUUAUUUAACUUUUCUGCGGGCCCUGGGCGGAACUAGCGGUCUAGAAUGAGCGAGAAGAAGACCCAGAAGGAAGUAGCAAAGGAACGUCUGGAGAAAGACCUAGCCAGGUACAUCUAUGUCCCACAAUGGCACCUGGGAGCACCCAAAACUGCACCAACCAAUGGGAAAGUACCAGACAUUCCAGAUUUCACACCACAGCUAGGUGAUGUCCUAUCCUGGAGUGACUACCGUGACACCCACACCUACAUAGUAGGGAAGGAUGGAGCCCUGAUACCCAACCCUGACUACAGUGGAUCUGGGUACCUCACUAUACCUUUGGAGAUCACCCAGCACAUGACAGAUGCCAGGAGAAGGUACGAGGGUGUGGAUGUCCUGUUCAUGGACCUGAGACAUGACGACCAGUUUAUCCAGGAGAACUUCGGCGACCUUCCUGAGGAGUGGAAGUUCACCUGGUACGACGGCGAGGAGGAACUACAGAUCACCUUUCCUAACGGGAAAAUGCAGACAUUUUUACCUGGCGAGCACACAAAAGAAGACAUCUUCAGAUGGUACGAAGGUAGUCAGAAGAUGCAGAGUUCUUUCUCGGUGACCUAUGACCUGAAGGGUGAGGACCUGAAGCGAUUUCAGGAGAAAUACCAAAACAAGGAUGAUCCAAACGACCAGUACGCCUGGCUUCGAGCACGACCAAAGAUCCCGCCGACCUGGACCAUGGAGCCGGGGGGAGGGGGAGGGGGCAGCGACAGACACCACGGCACAUUUUACCUCAACGGCCCCGCCGAGGAAGCCAAGGCAGCGGUCGACGCCGUGAAGGAAUUCUACGACGGUUUCCAACACACCACGACAGAACCAGUCGAAUACUCGGACGAGGAAGACGAAGAUGAUGAUGAUGACGAUGAAGAAGAAGAAGAUGAAGAAGAUGAUGAUGACGAUGAUGAUGAUGAAGAGAACGAAAGAAGGAGAAAAAGGAUGAAAUUCGAUUUCGAAGAAGGAGGAGAAGCAGGUGAUGAUGAUGAUGAUGAAGAUGAUGAAGAUGAGGAGGAGGAAGAAGAAGAUGGAGAUGAAGAAGAACAAGAAGGAGUCUAAAGACUUGUAUAUUUUAUUACAUCUUUGAUGUUAUCUAACACAGAAACACAUACCUUACCUCUUGCAGUAUACCUGACA